CUCCCCCAAAAAUAAGAAACUUUUUUUCUUUAUCCUUCUCUCUCUCUCUCUUCUUCAUCUCUUUCCAAACACUUUCUCUCUCCGUGUCCGAACCCAUCGUGUCUCAAAAAAACCAUUGAUACCAAACCUCAAUCUUUCACCACUAACAACUGAUCUAAUACUUUUUUUUUUCCCACACAUUCAACUCGUUGCUUUCUUCUCUGUUACAGCUAUGGCAGCCGUAUCCUCAAACCCUCGCACCGUAGAAGAGAUCUUCAAAGAUUACAACUCUCGUCGCUCUGCUCUUCUCCGUGCCUUAACUAAAGAUGUUGAUGAUUUUUACUCUCAGUGCGAUCCGGAGAAGGAGAAUUUGUGUUUGUAUGGCCAUCCUAAUGAGUCGUGGGAAGUGAAUUUACCGGCGGAGGAAGUUCCUCCGGAGCUACCUGAGCCAGCGCUGGGGAUCAAUUUCGCGAGAGAUGGGAUGCAGAGGAAAGAUUGGCUCUCUCUUGUUGCUGUUCAUAGUGAUUGUUGGCUUCUCUCUGUUUCUUUCUACUUUGGUGCUCGCCUUAAUCGCAACGAGAGGAAGCGGUUAUUCAGUCUGAUCAACGAUCUCCCAACCCUCUUCGAUGUAGUGACUGGUAAGAAACCCAUCAAAGACAACAAGCCAAGCUCUGAUUCCGGAAGUAAAUCCAGAAAUGGCACUAAGAGAUCAAUAGAAGGGCAGCCAAAGAGCACAACACCAAAACUAAUGGAAGGGGGCUACGAGGAUGAAGAAGAAGAAGAGGAAGAAGAAGACGAGCAUGGAGACACUCUCUGUGGAAUCUGUGGAGGGAAUUACACACAAGAUGAGUUCUGGAUUUGCUGUGAUGUUUGUGAACGUUGGUACCAUGGAAAAUGCGUGAAGAUCACUCCUGCCAGAGCAGACAGCAUCAAGCAGUACAAAUGCCCGCCUUGCUGUGCAAAGAAAGGAGGAAGAUAGUGAUGAUGAUGUUCACCUCCCACACACUCUGGUUCUCAUGUUUUAAUGAUAAUAUUAAUCAACCUUUUUCUUCUCUUUUUUUUUUGUUGUUGUUUCUUUUAACCUUUUAAUUUCAAAGCAUACUGAACUCUUCUCUUGAGAUCUCCAGAAAUGGAUUUCAAGAAAGUUGAGAGAGAGUAGCAACUGUUUGAGUAUUAUUAUUCAUAUGAGAAAACUGGUGUGUCCCAUCAAAUGU